GACUGUGGCUGGCGGGAUUCAGGGCCCAAGUUUUUUUUUUUUUUUCUUUUUUUUUUGACUCUUUCACAUAUGUAACGUUUCUUUCAUCUUUACCUGAAGAAGGCUAGACAAAUUCCUGAGAAUUGUCUCUCUUUCUCUCUGUCUUUUUCCUCCCUCUUUUGGAUACAUUUUAUCUUGCCAGGUUCUUGACCUUUCCGAAAAGUGAAACACUUUCCAAAGGAAACCGCUAUGGAGAGCAGUGGACCGAAGGUGCUGGAAACAGCAGAGGAGAUCCAGGAAAGGCGUCAGGAGGUGUUGACUCGCUACAAGAGGUUCAAGGAGCUGGUGGCCGAGAGGGGUCAGAAGCUUGAAGAUUCCUAUCACUACCAGGUUUUCAGGCGGGAUGCAGAUGACCUAGAAAAGUGGAUCUUGGAGAAACUCAAGAUUGUAGAUGAUAGGAGCUAUGAAGACCCAACUAACAUACAGGGCAAGUACCUGAAACAUGAAUCCUUCGAAGCAGAAGUACGAGCAAAAUCAAGGGUCAUUCCUGAACUGGAAGAAAUCAGGGAAGUCCGAUUUGCUGAGGGGCAUUUUGCCCACGAGGACACCAAGGCCCAUCUGGAAGAGCUGCACAAACUGUGGGACCUGCUGCUGGAGCUGACGCAGGAGAGGGGUGCCCUGCUGCUGCGGGCCCUGAAGCUUCAGCAGUACCUGCAGGAGUGCGCUGACAUCUUGGAGUGGAUCGGAGACAAGGAGGCUAUUGUGACGUCAGUGGAGCUGGGCGAGGACUGGGAGCGCACAGAAGUUCUGCACAAGAAGUUCGAGGAGUUCCAGGCGGAACUGGAUGCUCGGCAGGAGAAAGUGGAUGGAAUAAACCAGUAUGCCAACAAGUGCGCCGAGGAGAACCAUCCCGAGCUGCCCUUGAUCAAGCUGAAGCAGCAGGAGGUGAACGCCGCCUGGGAGCGUCUCCUGGAUCUGGCUCUGCAGAGACAGGAAACGCUGUCCGGCGCUGCAGAACUCCAGCGAUUCAGAAGGGACGUGACUGAAGCCAUCCAGUGGAUCAAGGAGAAGGAGCCUCAAGUCACCUCUGAGGACUAUGGCAAAGACCUCGUUAGCUCUGAGGCCCUGUUUCAUAGUCACAAGGGCCUUGAGAGGAACCUCGCAGUCAUGGAGGACAAGGUGAAGGAGUUAUGUGCCAAAGCGGACAAGCUGAUGCUUUACCAUCCUCCAGAGGCAUCUCAGAUCCAACAGAUGAAAAAGGAUCUGGUCUCCAACUGGGAACGCCUUCGAGCCUUGGCUACCAACAGAUACGCGAAGCUGCAGGCUUCCUAUGGGUACCAGAGGUUCCUAUCCGACUAUGAGGAGCUCUCAGGCUGGAUGAAGGAGAAGACCGCUCUGAUCAGUGCUGAUGAACUGCCCGCAGAUGUGGCUAGUGGGGAGGCCUUGCUGGACAGGCAUCGGCAGCACAAGCACGAGAUCGACUCUUACGAUGAGCGAUUCCAAUCUGCUGAUGAGACUGGUCAGGCUCUGCUGGACGCUGGUCACGAAGCUUCUGAUGAAAUUCGGGAAAAGAUGACAAUACUGGCCAACGACUGGGCGGCCCUGCUGGGGCUGUGGGACCAGCGGCAGCUUCAGUAUCUGCAGUGCAUGUAUCUGCACCUCUUCUAUCGUGACAGUGAGCAAGUGGACAGCUGGAUGAGCAGACAAGAGGCCUUCUUGGAGAACGAGGACUUGGGGAACUCCCUGGGCAGCGUGGAAGCCCUUCUUCAGAAGCAUGAUGACUUUGAGGAGGCUUUCACCGCCCAGGAGGAGAAGAUCACAACCUUGGACAAUAAUGCAACGAAGCUGAUUGACAGUGACCACUAUGACUCCGAGAACAUCGCAGCUCUCCGGGAUAGCCUCUUGGCCCGGCGGGAUGCCCUGCGUAAGAGCGCUGCCACUCGGCGCAAGCUCCUGGAGGAUUCAUGGCUUCUGCAGAAACUGUAUGAGGACUCAGAUGACCUAAAGAACUGGAUCAACAAGAAGAAAAAGUUGGCAGAUGAUGAAGACUACAAGGAUAUACAGAACUUGAAGAGCCGGGUUCAGAAGCAGGAAGAGUUUAAAACUGAAUUGGAAGAUUAUCAACGUCUGCUCGAUACACUAGAGAAAACCGGCCAGGAGAUGAUCGAGGCUGAUCACUAUGCCUCGGACCAGGUAGCUGCUCGUGUGAGUGAGGCUGUCAGCCUCUGGAAGGAGCUGUUGGCAGCUACAGAGCGGAAAGGGACCCAGCUGUUUGAGGCUAACCAGGAGCUUCAAUUCAAGAACACUGCGGAGGACUUGGAGCGCUGGCUGGGGGACGCGGAGCAGCAGGCAGCCUCCGAGGACUAUGGCAGGGGCCUGGCCGAUGUACAGAACCUACUCAGGAGACACGGCUUCCUGGAGUCCGCGGUGGGCGCUCAUCAGGAUCAGGUGGACAUCCUCACAGACCUGGCAGCAUAUUUUGAGAAAAUAGACCAUCCCGAUGCUGAUGACAUAAAAGCAAGGCAGGAGUCACUGGUGUCCCGGUUUGAAGGUCUGAAGGAACCACUGAGCACCCGGAAAAAGAAGCUCAUUGACCUUCUCCGCCUGCAGCAGAUCUGCAGGGACACAGAGGAUGAGGAAGCCUGGAUCCAAGAGACUGAGCCCUCAGUGGCUUCCACCUACCUUGGCAAGGACCUGAUUGUCUCCAAGAAGCUUCUGAACAGACACCAAGUUAUCCAGGAUAACAUUGCCAGUCACGAGCCUCGCAUCCAAGCGAUAACGGAGAAGGGAAACAAAAUGGUAGAAGAAGGGCACUUUGCUGCGGAAGACGUGGCCUCGAGGGUCAAGAGUUUGAAUGACAAUAUGGAGUCCCUCCAGGCUCGGGCUGCCAGACGGCAGAAUGAUCUUGAAGCCAACGUCCAGUUCCAGCAGUACCUGGCGGACCUGCAUGAAGCAGAAGCAUGGAUUCAAGAGAAGGAGCCUAUUGUAGACAACGCUAAUUAUGGGGCUGAUGAGGAAGCAGCUGGGGCCCUUCUGAAGAAACACGAGGCCUUCCUGGUAGACUUGAGUGCCUUUGGGAACAGCAUGCAGGCCCUGCGAGACCAGGCGGCGGCUUGCCAGGAACAACAGGCUGCCCCGGUGGAGGGAGCUGCUCGAGAACAGAGGGUGGUGGCUUUAUAUGACUUCCAGGCCCGCAGCAAUCGAGAAGUCACCAUGAAGAAAAAUGACAUCUUAACCCUGCUCAGCUCCAUCAACAAGGACUGGUGGAAGGUGGAAUCUGGCGACCACCAAGGCUUUGUGCCUGCUGUCUAUGUCAAGAAACUGUCUCAGGAUGAGCUUCCCACGCCCCCGCAGCGACAGCGAGAGGAACCAAGCAGCAUCACCCAGCGCCAGGAACAGAUUGAGAACCAGUACCGCUCCCUCCUUGAUCGGGCAGAAGAGCGCAGGCGUCGUCUCCUGCAACGCUGCAAAGAGUUUUUGCUGGCCUACGAGGCGGGCGACAUGCUGGAGUGGAUCCAAGAGAAGAAGGCGGAGAACACCGGGGUGGAACUAGAUGAUGUCUGGGAGCUGCAGAAAAAGUUUGAUGAGUUCCAAACGGACUUGAAGGCCAAUGAGCCUCGGCUGAGGGAUAUCAACAAGGUGGCAGAUGAUCUUCUCUUUGAAAAGCUUCUAACACCAGAAGGAGCUCAAAUACGGCAGGAGCUGAAUACUCGCUGGGACUCCUUGCAGAGCCUCGCGGAGGAGCAACGCCAGCUGCUGGGCAGCGCCCAUGCUGUCCAGGUGUUCCAAAGAGAAGCAGAUGAGACGAAGGAGCAGAUUGAGAAGAAGCACCAGGCCCUCCGUGCUGCCGAUCCCGGCUCAGACCUGUUCAGCGUGCAGGCCCUUCAGCGGCAGCAUGAGAUCUUCGAGAGAGACCUCAUGCCUCUGGGAGAAAAGGUGACCAUACUGGGGGAGACAGCAGAGCGGCUCAGUGAGUCCCACCCAGACGCUGCGGACGACCUGCGGAGACAGGGCACGGAGCUGAAGGAGGCGUGGGACAGCCUGCUGAAGGCCACGGAAGAUCGGAAGGAGAACUUGAAUGAGGCCCAGAAAUUCUACACGUUCCUCAUGCGAGCCAGGGACCUGGAGAACUGGAUCGGUAGCAUUGGUGGCAUGGUAUCAUCGGAGGAGCUGGCUGAGGAUUUAAUUGGCACGGAGAUCCUGCUGGAGCGACACCAGGAGCAUCGUGCGGACAUGGAGGCUGAAGCUCCUGCCUUCCAGGCCUUAGAAGACUUCGGUGCAGAACUUAUAAGCAGCGGUCACCGUGCCAGUCCCGAGAUUGAAGAAAAGCUUGAAGAGGUCAGGCUAAAGAAAGAGGACUUGGAGGAAGCGUGGAAGCAACGCAAGAGGAUGCUGGAUCAGUGUCUGGAGUUGCAGUUGUUCCGUGGGAACUGUGAUCAGGCCGAGAGCUGGAUGCUGGCGCGUGAGAACUUCCUGAGGUCAGAGGGCCACAGUUCCUUAGACACUCUGGAGGCCUUGAUGAAGAAACGGGACGAUUUGGACAAAGCACUCACUGCCCAGGAAAACAAGAUCAUGGAGCUAGACCGUGUUGCGGAGCGGCUCAUAGCGGAUGACCACUAUGCCAAGGAGGAGAUUGCUGCUCGGCUCCAACGGGUGCUGAUCAGAUGGAAUGCUCUCAAACAACUGCUGAUUGAUGAGCGGACAAAGCUUGGUGACUAUGCGGACCUCAAAAAAUUCCACCGUGACCUGGAGGACCUGGAGGAAUGGAUCAGUGAGAUGCUGCCUAUAGCCUGCGAUGAAUCCUACAAAGACCCCACCAACAUUCAGAGAAAAUACCUGAAGCACCAGGCCUUUGACAAUGAGGUCCAGGGCCGAGCUGAGGAGGUGGAGGGAGUGCUCAACUUGGGGAACUCUCUGAUUGAGCGGGAGGCAUGUGACGGCAAUGAAGACACCAUGAAGGGUCAACUGGAAGACCUGGAGGAACACUGGAACUACCUGCUUGAGAAAACAAUUGACAAAGGACAGAAGCUCGACGAGGCGAGUCGCCAACAGAGGUUCAACACAAGCAUCCAGGACUUUAAGUUCUGGCUCUCAGAGGCAGAGACACUGCUGGCCAUGAAAGAUCAGGCCAGGGACUUGGCUUCAGCAGGAAACUUGCUCAAGAAACAUCAGCUGUUGGAAACAGAGAUGUUGGCCCGAAAGGACGCACUCAAGGACCUGAAUGAGUUGGCUGAUGAACUGCUCUCCAGUGGGACCUUCAACGUUGACCAGAUCGUGGAGGAAAGGGAUAAUGUCAACGAGCGCUUCCUGAACGUCCAGGACUUGGCAGCGGCCCACCAUGAGAAGCUCAAAGAGGCCUAUGCCUUGUUCCAGUUCUUCCAGGACUUAGAUGAUGAGGAAUCGUGGAUAGAGGAGAAGUUGUUACGCGUGAGCUCCCAGGACUAUGGGAGGGACCUUCAGGGGGUUCAGAACUUGCUGAAGAAGCACAGGCGCCUCGAGGGGGAGCUGGUGGCCCACGAACCCACCAUCCAGAGUGUGCUGGAUACGGCAGACAGGCUGGGAGAUACGGCUGCUGUGGGGCAAGAGGAGAUCCAGGAGCGGCUGACUCAUUUUUUUCAACACUGGGAGAAGCUCAAAGAGCUGGCUGCCGCUCGGGCUUCAGGAGAGGAGUUUAGCGGUGCUGGGCAGGAAGAGGUGGACACCCCCUUCUCUGCCAGUGUAGCUGAGUCACCCCCCUGGGGCUUGCUAAAGAAACACGAAACAUUGGAAAAUGACUUUGCUGUCCAUGAGACGCGAGUGCAAGAUAUAUGUGCUCGAGGAGAAGACAUCUUGGAUCAGGAGAAAAGUCAGCAAAAGGAGAAGAUUUCUGCCAAGAUAGAGUCUCUGAAGGAAAAGGUGCCUUCUCUGUCCAGGGCAAUAAAUGCUUGGAAGUCACAACUGGAAGACGAUUAUGCCUUUCAGCAGUUUAACUGGAAGGCUGACAUGGUGGAGUCCUGGAUAGCUGAGAAGGAAGCAAGCCUGAAGACCAACGGCAACGGUACAGACCUCGCUGCCUCCCUCACUCUCCUGGCAAAGCAGGACACUCUGGAUGCCAGUCUGCAGAGCUUCCAGCAAGACAGACUGUCCGAGAUAACGGACCUGAGGGACCAACUGGUGUCUGCUCAGCACAGCCGGACCAAAGCCAUCGAGGAGCGCUACGACGCUCUGCUGAGACGCUGGGAACAGCUGCUGGAAGCUUCUGCGGCCCACAGACAGGAGUUGCUAGAGAAGCAGCUGCCCCUACAGCAGGCUGAGGAGCUGUUCAUGGAAUUUGCACACAAGGCCUCUGCUUUCAACCACUGGUGUGAGAACGCCGAGGAGAACCUGUCCGAGCCUGUGCACUGCAUCUCCCUGAACGAGAUCCGGCAGCUGCAGAAGGACCACGAGGCCUUCGUGGCCUCCUUGGUCGGGGCCCAAUCUGACUUCAACGAUUUGCGGGAGCUAGACCAGCAGAUUAAGGCCUUAAAUGUGCCCUCCAGCCCUUACACCUGGUUAACCAUGGAGGUGCUUGAGAAGUUCUGGCACCACCUGUCUGACAUCAUCAAGGAACGGGAGCAGGAGCUGCAAAGGGAAGAGGAAAGACAGGUCAGUAACUUUGAGAUGCGCCAGGAGUUUGAGCAGAACGCCAGUGCCUUCCUUCAGUGGAUCUUGGAGACCAGGGCUUACUUUCUGGAUGGGUCUUUGCUCAAAGAAACAGGAACUCUGGAAUCCCAGUUGGAAGCAAAUAAACGGAAGCAGAAGGAGAUCCAGGCCAUGAAGCGCCAGCUGACCAAGAUUGAGGAUCUGGGAGACAGCCUGGAGGAGGCUUUGGUUCUGGACAUCAAGUACAGCACCAUCGGGCUGGCCCAGCAGUGGGACCAACUCCACGAGCUGGGGAUUCGGAUGCAGCACAACCUGGAGCAGCAGAUCCAAGCCAAAGACACCAUAGGCGUGAGUGAGGAGACGCUGAAGGAGUUUAGCACAACAUACAAACAUUUUGAUGAGAAUCUGACGGGGCGCUUGAGCCACAAAGAUUUCCGGUCGUGCCUGAGAGGCCUCAAUUAUUACUUGCCCAUGGUGGAGGAGGACGAGCCUGAGCCCACGUUUGAGAAGUUCCUCGACGUCGUCGAUCCGGGGAGGAAGGGCUAUAUCUCCCUGGAGGACUACACCUCAUUCCUGAUCGACAAGGAGUCAGAGAACAUCAAGUCCAGUGAUGAAAUCGAGAAUGCUUUCCAAGCCCUGGCAGAGGGCAAGGCCUACAUUACCAAAGAGGACUUGAAGCAGGCCCUAACCCCAGAACAAGUGCAGUUCUGUGCCUCACAUAUGCAGCAGUACGUGGACCCACGAGGCCGAAGCCACCUCGCUGGCUAUGACUACGUGGGUUUCACCAAUUCCUUCUUUGGCAACUAAUAAGCAGCUUUUCCUGGAUCAUAGAAAAUCUUGGUGUGGUGGGAAGUACUGGGGGAGGAAGGAGACAGGCAAGUAUGGGGGAGGGGGAGAUAGUCGUGUGUGUGUGUGUGUGUGUGUGUGUGUGUGUGUGUACGUGUUUAUUACACUUAUUAGAGCCCCUGGAAAAGUCUCAGGCUUGGGGGAUAUAAGGCAUUCACAGAGCUGGGGGACAGGAGCCAUCACAAGCUUAUUUAGUAUGCAACCUGUCACUACUCAGGGGCCAAGCUCUCUAUUUUUUAUUUGUUGGGUUCUACACAUCUAUAUAACUUUAUUUGGUUUGGA